GCUGUAGCAAAGCUGAUGUCCGUGGAUUGUCGUUGUCAUGGUGUUUCUGGGUCCUGUGCUGUGAAAACUUGUUGGAAAACAAUGUCGUCCUUUGAAAAGAUUGGUCAGUUUUUAAAGAAUAAGUAUGAAAACAGCAUACAAAUAUCAGACAGACCGAAAAAAAAGCUACGCAGGAAAGAUAAAAGCCAGCGAAAAAUACCAAUCGGGAAAGAAGACCUGCUGUACGUGAACAAAUCACCCAAUUACUGUGUCGAAGACCAAAAAUUGGGGAUUCCUGGGACUCAGGGAAGGGAAUGUAACCGCACCUCAGAUGGACCCGAUGGCUGCAACCUCCUAUGCUGUGGGCGCGGGUACAACACCCAUGUUGUCAGGCACGUGGAAAGGUGUGAAUGCAAGUUUGUCUGGUGCUGCUACGUGCGCUGCCGGAGGUGCGAGACCAUGACUGAUGUACACACCUGCAAAUAA